AUGGCCGCCCCCGUCUCCACUUCCCUCUUGCCUCUCGCGAGGAGCGCACCUUCUUUCACUGGUCCGCACUACAAGAAUAAGAGAAAGAUUCCGAUGGUGCGGGUCUUCUGUGCUGCCGACGACGACGAGGAAGUCAACGAUUUGGGAGUCAACGUGGCACUAUCGAUGCUAAAAUUCUACAAAAGAGAGAUAUCACCCUUGCUGCCUUCUAGCUGCCGUUAUGUGCCAACAUGCAGCGAGUACUCUAUGCAGGCGUACAAAAGAUAUGGUGUUGCGAAGGGUACAAUCUUGACAGCAUGGCGUCUGUGCCGUUGUAAUCCUCUUGAUGUUGGAAUGCCUCACAAGAUAUCAUCUCAUCGCAACUUCAUAAAGGAGUGUCAGGACCCAAAUGUCUCUGUCUGA